UGUUAUACUAGGUACAACCAAGAUCUGAGUUCAGAUUCCCAGCACCCAAUGAGUUGGGUCCUCCAGGCCCUACAUCACUGUCAUAGUCCUGUCUUCUCUACCCAACUUCACUGCUUGUAGGCUCUAGAGAAUGAAAUACAACAGCCAUACUUCUGGUUUUGAAUAAGUGAAUUUAUUAAACAAAAGUAAAAGAAUAAAUAGCAAGUGAUUGGUGGGAAGUGGAGAGACAGACCUGGGACCUCCUGGCCAGCCAGGCUAGCCAAAAAGUGGGUGUCAGGUUUUGUGAGAGACCUUGUCUCAAAAACUAAGUUGGAGAAUAAAGGAAGACACCUGAUGGCAACCUUUGGCCUCUGUAAACAUAAGCACAGAUUCAUACACCCACCCACACAAUAAAGUGGAUGUCAUAAUGCUCGCACUUUGGAGAGGCUAGAUUUGGGAAUGUCUGCUCAGUGAGUCUUGUCCCAGGAACUGAGUACUGGGGACAGAUACCAGGAAACUAUAGAACUUCCCCACACCCCAUUCCCUGCCCAAACCACUAGCCUAUUAUCCUCCCUGCUUUUCACAUAACCAACCUUUGCUCUUCUGAAAGCUUUGCUAAACAUCCUCGCCUCCUCCCCACCCCACCCCCAUAACUCCCAUAAUUCCCUACCUCAAGCUGGGACCCUACAGGGUAUUCUGCCUGAGCAGCUCAGAGGCAGAGGUUGAGUUGAACAGACUGAGCAAACUCCUGGAGACUUGUCUGCAGGGCAAGGUGGUGCCUGGCUACUGCUAGGCAAUUAUCCAGCCAGUUUUGUCACCUGAGUGAUACCAGAUUGCUUAUCAUUACCCUAGCUGAAAGAGGUGAAAAGUGGCCAUGGUCCUGGGUCCCAGCUCGCAGAUCUCAGCAACCUGGGCUGCAGCCUCUCCUUCAAAGAACUCUGACUGCUCCAGGCACACGGUGAUCACUUCUUUGGCCCUCAAUCAUUUCAGGCUUCUGGCUCCAUAGUUGAGUUCAAGCCAACUGGUCACGGUCAUGCAGGCCACAUAGAGUGGGGAGGUCCUUGGCGGCCAUGCUGGGAGCCUACAGAUCACCUUGCAUGCAUCCCUGCUCAGUCCCCCAGGCUCCAGAGUGGACAGCCUGGGGAAUCACCAGCUGUCAUUUAAGCCUUUCACUUGUGCUGGCUUUGAUGGCCUAUGGUGUGUUUCUCGGUCAGUACAUUUGUGUUGUGUGUGCGUAUGUUGUGUAUCACACACAGGACAGCUGUGAAGCUGCUUCUUCCCCACCACCUCAUGUGGGUUCCAGGAAUCGAACUUCGGUCAUCUGGCUUACACAGCAAGUGUCUUUACCACCACCAUCCAGCCAUCUCACUGGCCCACUGUUUUCUGAUGUGAGACUGGGUCUUCACUCAAUUAGCAAACCUGAACUGAAUCUGUAAUCCACCUGCCUCAUCCUCCUAAGUAGCUGGGAUUAUAGACAUGACUUCUUUCAUAUCCCUACUGACUCCACUCACCAUGGUUCUGGAAACUCAAAAACCCAGACUUGGUUAUCCCUGUCCACCUGAAACUCCUGUAAUAGCAGCAGCUCAGUCUCUGGGAACUAUGACCCAGUAUGGAAAUACAGAGGCAUCAGAAUCUUGAUGCUUGUCUCCCUGCCUGGACAGUUUGGCCCAUUCCCAAGAGUUAAGCAUGUUCUUGCUACCCUACCAGUCUCAUACCACACAAUAGCAGACUUAAGCCAAAACAUUCAUUUAAGUUGUUUCUAAGACCAGGUCUCACUGUGUCUCUUGCUGGAUUGGUACUAUGUAAACCAUGAUGGCCUCAAACGAUGGGAUUUUCUGAUCCUCCUGUCUUAAACUCCCAAGUGCUGGUUUUUGUUUGAGACAGGGGCUCUCUAUGUGGCCCUCGCUGUCCUGGAAUUUGCUCUGUGGAUCAGGCUGGCCUCGAACUCAUAGAGAUCCACCUGCCUCUGCCUCUCAAGUGCUGGGAUUAAAGGCGUGCGCCACCACCACCCGGCAUUUCUUUUUUUGAAUCAGGGUCUCACUAUACAGCUUUGGCUGGCCUAGAACUCACUGGAUAGAUUAGGCUAGUCUUAGAUAUGUACAGAACCCCCACCUCUGCCCAGGGGCCUAGAACAUGUGCUUUGUAUCAGGGUGACUCCAGUGAUAUCAACACACUUAUACUCACCUGUGUACUGAAAUCACCCUGCCAGGGCCCAAAUAAUCCUCCCAUUCAGACCACAUCCCAGACAGGUGAAGCCAGUCUCUGGAAGAGAUCCUUCUCUUAACAGCUCAAGAAAUUCUAUUGUUUCCAAACUGAGAGUCAUAUCUCUACUGAGUGUUUUGUUCCUGUGGACUGAAUCUUGCCAUCAGGACUCUCCUUUACUUGUAUCUCCCUUGGUCCUUCUUUGGGCUCUCAAGGGCCGUUUCCAUUUUCCUGCAACCCAGUCUUCUGGUUUCUUCCCUCUACUUCCUUUAACCACUGGGAACUUGAUGUGUCCUUAAAACCCCCUGCCUCCCCAGGGGCAAUGAUAUUCCCUCACCUCAGUGGCAAAUCUUUAACAUUAUCAUCAAUGGCAAUGCUUAAGCACGCAUGGGCGGCCCGUUUUCGGCAGUUCUCCAGUUGUUCCCAUCCUGGGCAGUCUUAGACACUGCUGUCAUACCCAAGGUUCCAUAGUUUUCCUUUAUGCGGUCUAUCCAGCGGGGUUUUUUUGUUGUUUUGUUUUUUUGACUUCCUCUUUGCCUUAUAAUGUGCACUCCUCCAACCAGUGCUAUCUUUGAGUAUCUGCUGCCAUUCAUUCUUAUAUCCCACCUUACCCCAAUCUAUCCCAGUUGAGCCUUCUGCGGGGCACCCAGGCCUGGCUGGUGGGGCAUUUGUUACCUGAAUAGGGAAGUCCUGCUGAGAGUACAUGUAUCGAAACAAGGAAGGUAGAUGAAGCAACACAGGACGACAGAUAUGUCCUCACCAUUGCACCAGCCAUAUCCUAGCUCUAAUUCUUUUCAGAGACUUCCUAAGCCCCAGAGCAAACUGUAACAUCCCCACUCGGGUACUCUGUCCCUGUGGCUGUCCUGAAUUUGGGCUUGGCCUGCUUCUUUGGAGACCCCAAAGUCUUAAGAGUAAAGGGGACAAUAGGGAAUCAAGAGGCUAGUGACGGCUAGUAACUGUGUGCAUUAGUGCUUAGCUAUGUUGACCUGAGCUUGGGGACAAUAGUAGGCAGGCAGGAACAAGGAGGGGACAGACAGGUCAUCUCCGCCUCCUUCCUCCUCUGCCCUCCCCACCCCAACAGCCCCUAUUUGAUGUGUCAGCCAGUGGAGCAGAAACCACAGAUACUUCCUCAAAGCAGCAGCCUAAGCUCAGAGCCCACUCACCCCCUGAAGCCACAUCGCCCCCUGAAGCUAUGGGAAGCAAUCAAGACUUCCGAAAUCUCCAAGCUAAGUUCCAGGCCUCUCAAGAGCCUGGAGAACCAUCCAGAAAACCCAUAAAGCCUGAGUUCAACAAACUCCUGAAGAAGUUUCCACAGACUGAGUUAAGUGAGCAGCCCAAGAAGGCCUCACAGUCUGAGCUCAGCACAGUGUCCCUGAAACCCCUGCAGCUGCAGUUUACGGACAUCCCCAAGAAGACCUCACAGUCAGAGGGUCUCAGAAAGUCACCACGGCCUGAACUCAAAGAUUUCCCAAGGAAGCCUCCACAUCCAGAGUUCACAGAUUCCAAGAAGCCCCCACAGCCCCAGUUUGCCAGCUUCCCUAAGCCCUCACUGCCUGAGUUCACUAAUCUCCCCAAGAAGCUUCCAAAACUAGAGUUUGGUGAACUCACCAAGUCUCCACAGCUUGGGGAACCCCAGGAACCUAGUAGUUCUACCCAAAAGCCCCUGAAAUCUGAGCUCAGCAAUCCUGCCAGGCCCCCAGUAGAGCUCAAACCUACCACAUUUCCCAAGAAGUUCUGUCAGCCUGAAUCCAGUGAGGCCCCUCUGAAGUCCUUGCCCAUGAAGCCACUGCAGUCUCAGGCUACUGGUUCCUCUAGGAAGUCCCUGACACAGGUAGAGUCCAGCGAAGUUCCUCAGACAUCCAAGCCUAGGUCCAGUGAGUUUUACCGCCACUCGCCAGAGCCUGAAGUCAGUACCUUUCCCAAGAAGUCCCUGCAGUCUGAGCUCAAUGAGAAUUUCAAGAAAUCUCCAUCUCUUCAGGCCACUGGUUGCACAAAGUAUCCACAGCAGCCCAUGUCCUAUGAGGUCCCCCAGACAGCUCCCUGGAAGCCUGAGUCAUAUAAUCCCCCAUCUCACUCCCUGCAACCAGAUGUCCAUGCAUUGCCCAAGAAUCAUCCACAGCUCCAGCUAAGUGACCUUACCAGGACAUCCUCGGAGCCCGAAAGCAAAUUUCCCAAGAAGCCUCAGCAGCCAGCCCCCAAAGUGCUUUCUAAGAAGCCUUCGCAGCAGGAACUGGGUCAUCUCCCUAGAACAUCCUCGGAGCCUGAGUUCAGCUCACUCCCCAGGAAGUUUCUGAAGCCUCAACAUGGCAAGUUCUUCCAGCCUGACUUUCCUAAGGGUCUGCCCGGAAAGCCCAAACUUCCUGGUUCAGUAUCUGAGUGCUCCCUGCCUUCUGCCUUUGAGGGUUCUAGCCCCCAGUUCCCCCUCAGCCCUGGGUAUGGAGUCUCUCGGACACCCAAUUGGAGAUCAGAAGACUUCCAAGUCCAGCACCCGCCCCAGCGAAGGCCUUUGCCUUCAGCCAGCAGCCUGGGAUCUCCUCCAGCCAAGCCCCCAUUACCACCUGUCCCCAUCAAUAUCCAAAGCUUCCGGAGAGCCUCGGCAACGGCCACAGCUGUACUGAAGACCCACUUCCCAGCCGAACCUCAACAGACCCUGCAGAACCCGGACGAGAUCUAUGAGCUGUAUGAUGCUGUGGAAGCCACAAGUGACUCUAGUCUCAGCCCGAGAGGCAGAGAUGAAAUGCAGACUACCCAGCAAGUCACCAGAUGGCCUCAGCAGGACGCAGAGCUCAGGAAGAAUGCUACUCAACUACAGCAGCUGCCACCCACAGACCCCAAGCUGCUGAAACAGAUCAGGAAGGCAGAGAAAGCUGAGAGAGAGUUUAGAAAGAAGUUCAAGUUUGAAGGCGAGAUUGUGAUUCAAACAAAGAUGAUGAUUGACCCCAAUGCCAAGACCCGGCGUGGGGGUGGCAAGCACCUGGGUAUCCGGCGCGGAGAAAUCCUGGAGGUGAUCGAGUUUACUAACAAGGAUGAGAUGCUGUGCCGGGACCCCAAGGGCAAGUGUAAGUGUGUUUGGCCCACAUCUAGGGAAAGGAGUGAGAGUGCUAAGGCUGAGAAUCCAUUCUAUCUGCUCUCCCCUGCAGAUGGCUACGUACCCAGAACUGCACUGUUGCCCUUGGAAACAGAAGUAUACGAUGAUGUCAGCUUUUGGGGUAUGUACAGUGACUCCCAUGGGGAUACUUGCUAUGAUGCCUCUGUGGCACAGGAUCACUUGAAUUCAUCCUUCUUUGCAGACCCUCUGGACAACCAACCAUUUCCUCAGGGACAGUAAGCAGACAGACAGGUGGGUUCCAGAACCACCAGCCCAGCCACUGCUCACACAGGAGCCCUGGAUCCCAGCAUGGCAAACCCAACAUGCCCACAUAAAACCCCUCUUUAAAACAUUCUUGUUUCUUGUCCUCUUCUUACUGACUAGAACACACAGCAGAACACAGGCACAUGCAAGGGACCAAAGGUGAAACAAACAAACAAACAAAAAAAUCAAUUGCCCACCCAAUAGGAAAGGAGCUGCUGAAGACGCACCCAUACAUAUCCUAGAUGACCAGUAGCUGUAUCCCAAAAUUCCUUGUAGGUUUCAGGCAUUUGCGUUGCCAAGUGAGUCUAUAACAGCCCUUCACUGGUAGAACUCCUGUCUAACAGGACAUCAGCUGAAGUAUUUCCCAAACAGUGACAUUCUUAGUGGUCUUGAACAAAGAAAAGCUAAGUUGAAGUGAGCUUCACUCAGUGUCUGGGACUCCCAGAUAAAGCACAGGAUGAUUUUCGGGAUUGUUAUUAUCACUCCGGGGAAGAUCUUGGAUCUGUACUAGUGUUCCUACUAUAACUAGGGUAUGCUCUCCAAA